AGCCACAUGGUGGCGGACAAAUCCAGAAAGGGAUCAGUCAUUCAAGAAAUGGCAUGCUGAAGUGCCACGGGGCCACGGAAGAUCUCUGGAUACCGGAUCAGACGCAGCUGCCCCCCGGCUGCUAUUUUCACUCAGCUUAAAGUACCAUGGGCAGCCAGCAUCUACGCCAUGGACUACCCACAACUACCAGUCUGUCUCUGCACACUAUGAAGUCCACCGCAGGGGAGCACGAGCACUUUCCACACGAUACCCAGAGCUUACCCUCCGACCCUGAUGAGCUCGACAGUGGCAGCGAAAGCUCAGAGAAAUCCACCGGAGCAGGGAGCCCCCUGCGGGGCCACAGGGAGGUGGGGAGACGCAGAGGGGGUCGUAGACUUGCAGGGGUGAGCAAACAACGUCAGGCAGCUAAUGCUCGGGAGCGAGACCGUACACACAGUGUCAACACUGCCUUCACGGCGCUGCGUACCCUCAUCCCUACAGAGCCGGCCGACAGAAAGUUGUCCAAAAUCGAGACCCUGCGAUUGGCAUCAAGCUACAUUUCGCACUUGGCCAACGUGCUUCUGCUAGGGGAGGACUGCAUGGAUGGGCAACCGUGUCUGAAAUAUCACAACAUCUUACAAAGCAACACCAACCUCAAAACUCCACCGGUUCGACCCAUCUGUACCUUCUGCUUGAGUAACCAAAGGAAAAUGCUUAGAGAUGGGGAAAAGCACACAACUGUGUGACAGCAGAAGUUCUCCCGACUGUCCGCUGCUACGUAGGAGCUCUCAACUUCUGAAUGUUUACAUGUACAGAGACAUUGCCUUGCACAGAGACAAAACAUUUCGUUUUUUUUUUUUUUUUUAAAUCUCCGAGGACAGACAAAACAAGCAACAAGAAGAGAGACGAAUCUGCACUUUUUCUGCAUGUGUGUCCACUUUAUCAACUGUGUUUUGGUUAAUGUAACCGGAGAAUAUGUGUAAAGUUGCACCUGGUGGGAGGCUAUUUCAGUAUCAGAUAUAGUAAGUUACACCAUCCCUCGCCUUAAAAACAGUCUUGUGUCUGCCUCCUGCACGUCACAUGAUGGUAAUUGAAACCUUGCGGUUUGCAGUGGUCGCUGUCAGUACAACGGCGGGUAAAAAUCUCAUCCCCUCCCUCUUGUCUCCACAUCUACGCUGGGACCACGAUCCCAACAUGGCUCUCAGGAGACUGUAAACAGGAUUCUAACCUCAACAUGAUAAUUUGGGUUGGGCAAAGCUUGCUAAAUAUUUCUUAGAAAGUUCAAGUGGCACAUGACUGAAUGCUAUAGGUGGAAGUAUUACAUAAUGAGAACAUCUUACGUCUUGGGAACUGGUGUUGGUCAAGGUACAUGAUCCCUAACACGAGCCCUGGGUUAUGACCCUGACCCCAAAUGUUAUAUAGCCUACCUUAAAUCCUUGCGAUCAUACUUUGGUGACAAUGUUGGGUAGACUGUCGAUUAGUAGUGCGCACACUUGCAGACUCAGGGAGAGGGUACAUUGAGGGCAUGCUUAUGCUUCUGAAUCAUAAAACACCAAAUUCAGUCUUGUAGAUUCCACUUAACUUGCGUGAAGGAAGGCCAUUUGAGAACAAGUCCAACUCACGAGCGCCAGCGUCAAGACAGAAGCUUGUUGCAUAACAUGCAUUUCAAGACAAUUAUGCAAUCAAUUUCCACAACUAUAGCUACGCAAUUGUAUCUUCUAGAAAUGCAUGCAUCCAAAGUUACAUUGAUUCAUGAUAUGUCAACAUGGCUUUUUUUAGUCCACUGAUUUGCACCAAAUGGAACCAAAAACAUGUAUGAGAUGGUGGUCUUUUUAGAUACGAGUAGACGGAAGUUUCAUCUGGGAAUUUCAUUGGCUAUUGCUAAUUGGCGCUCUCUUGCUUGCCUUAAAAAAAAAUGCCAGUUUGAUUUCAUAAAGUGUUCCACAAAUUGGCACGUUUCACGUUAACUAAGGUCAAGGGGAAAGGUCUUGGAGCGUGUGCUAAUCUCAGGUACACCACUAAAACGUUGUCUGCUGAACCUUGUUUUAUUGUUUACAUUAACAGAAUUAGUAGGAAUGACUAAUUUGAGCCUAUCAUUUACUUUGAUACAAUUUAUUUUCAGAUACUGUAUCUGAGGUGAAUGUUUAAAGGUAUAAUUAUUUUUAUGUAAGCAUCAAGAUGUACCAACCAGUUGUUUAUAUCCAAAAUGUUUACCUAAUGACUCUUCCUUGAAUUAAAAAGUUAUUUUUCCAAUACAGAUGUAAAAAAAAAAAAAAAAAAGUGCAAUGGAAGUACCACAAUGUACUGGAAAUAUUGUGAUAUGGCAAGGUUUUUGUAAGUCGUUUGUAAAUAUUUGCACUUUUUAACAUUAAAAUCUAAAAGGUCAAAAUGCGUUAUACCAAUAAUAUGGCCUACCUUUAAACACAUGCCUGUCAGAUUCUAAUACUUGAAUUGUCCGCUCUUCGAAAAGUGGUAUUUUGCACAUGCCAAACAACAAACAAGCUGCUACUUAAGUAUUUUUGUAAAUACCAUUUAAAAAAAAAAAAAUUAAAUUAUUUUUGAAAAAUGUUCUGA